GCACUCGCAAGUAACAUUAGAUCAUUAAAUUUCCUCACUUUUGCUACGGCAAUCCGAGAUUACAUGUGCGAGGCCUUUUGAAAAGAGUGGCUCUGUAAAUGCCUGUGUAUGUAAUAAUCUUUUAUCAUUUGUCGGCAAGGAUACAGCGCAACCAUACCAAAGACGCCCAUGGACGAGCUCGCCUCUUUCCUGAAAACUGCGAGUUGGAAGAAAGGUGAUAGGGAAUUAUAUUUUUGUGAUGACCCUGGCCUUAAACCGGUUCUGGUGAGAGCAACGAAGGAUUUCCCAGACUACCUUCGUGGGUAUGGCUUCCAAGCAUGGAAAGUCAUGGAGGAUGCAGAGAUAUUGGAGAAGGAAGGCAUCGGGAAAAAAGGAUAUAUCAUUCCGGUCGCUACUAUUACUGGCCAACCCAGACUUCUGUCAGAACCGUCGCAGCCGCUUCUCCAUCCUAACGACCCCAUCGCCUUUGAACGAGAGCCUCGUAUAACGCCUGCAUUAUUCCUUAUCCUAGCAUUUCCUCCAUCUUCUGCCUGAUAUAGACAGUUAAGUCAUCAUACUUCUUGCCGAUAACAUAUGCCCCUCCAUUUCUACGAGUAGCCCAGAAUAGGGCGCGCAUGGAGAAAGUGGUACUUGCAGGGUGGAUAUAUCCACACGUUGGCUUGUGUCAAAAAGAAAUGUCUGUGGGAAAUCCGCUGGUGUAAAAGUUGUCGCGAGUUGGUAUGGGUAUAAUUGAGGAUGAUCACCAGGUAUCAUAGCUGAUGGUGAGGCGUAUACUUGGGGGUAAUCUGCGGGAAUCAGCGCAGCGGGUGUUUCCAUGUCUACCUGUGCGUUGGUCUGCUGCUGCUGCAUAUCGAUAACCAUUUGUGGCGCUUGGCCUCGAGGCACGUGGAUGGGUAGAA